AUGCCGAGGCUCUCGUUCCUCGCGCUCCUGCCGCUCGCGCACGGCGCCGAGCUCGCCCUCUCCAACCCCUCCUUCGAGUCGGCUGGCGGCUGGUCCAACCUGGCGACAGGCGCUGACGAGAUCUGGGCACCCGUGGCCGGCUCGAGGUAUGCGACGGUGCCGGCCGGCACCGAGCUGAGCCAGACGCUGUCUCACCAAGUACUGCCCGGAGCCACUUAUACCCUCGUCGCGUACUCGCGCUCCAUCCACCCCGAGUACGCGGGCAAGCUGCCGGACAACCUCAAAGGCCCGACAGAUGGAGUGAGGUACGACAGCGUCACCGCGGUGUCCAGCCUCAAGGUGGGCGGCACCGCCGUCGCAGCCUCCAGCGCCCUCGUGAGCCCGCCGCGGCUCAGCGGGCCGGCCGUCACCAUCCCAUCUGAUGACGGCACCAACGUCUUCUUUGACGGCGAGUACCGUCUGCACGUGGCUGGUAGCAUCGCGUGGCAGCAGGUGGCAGAGGACCCGAUCGCGGACCCGUGGAAGGACGGGGGCGAGCUGGUUGAGUGCAUGGCGCAGGCGCCGAUCAUCACGCCGCAGGGGCUCAAGGCCGUCUUCUGCACCUUCUACGACGACUCCGAGUUCCGCCUCAUCAGCAAGAUCGAGAUGACGGUCCUGAAGCACGUGGGCAGCGAGCGCCCGUGGGCCAUCGACGCACACCUGUACUACGACGAGGAGGCCGGCAGGCUGUGGAUGUCGUGGGGCGGGCAUGUGGGGUGGGUCUGCGAGCUCGACCCAGCCAGCGGCAAGAUCCUCGACCCAAACACAAACGCCCCUGUCGCGAGCCCCGACUUUUCGAGCCACGCAACCUCUCCGCUGCCGGUGCACACGCGCAUCCUCGGCUGGGCCGGAGGCAUGAUCCCGGCCGGCUACCCGCCGGAUGCCUUCGCGCCGCCAGACUGGUGGGACGACGAGGGCGACCGCUGGAGCACGGCCUACAUGGAGGGCCCUGCGAUAUGGAAACAGGCCACCGCAGAGGGCACCUUCUGGUACGCGUGCGGCACAUACGGCGCCCUGGACGCAAAUUACAACAUCCGGUGCUGCAGAGCGCCGUACGCAUCGUCGGCGCUUGGGCCCUACUACGACCGCGCGGGCAUCGCGUGCACGAGCUGGGACCCACAGGUUGAGCGGUACGGCGCGACGAUGCUGCUCGCCGCCGACGGCGACCAGCUCGUUCCGGGCCACCCGCAUUUUUGGAGUGAGGCCUCCGGGGCGACGUUCGUCGGCUUUGACGUCCGCAAGGGGUCCUCCACGGACGGCGCCGCCGAAGACGUGAUGGGGAUCCGCAAGGUGAACUGGGUCGACGGCUGGCCCUCCAUCUGGACGCGGCUCGAGACGCAGUGGACGGCAGACGCGGCGAGCGCUGGUCAGGUGCUCAGCGUUGCGCUGAAGAAUGCGGGAGAGGCCUCGUCGACUGCCGGCACGGUGCUGGAUACGGUGAUUGUCGGUGCCGGCGGCGCCGGCCUCUUCGCCGGAUACACCUUGCAGCGGAAUGGCUACGAGUCCUUCCGGCUCCUGGAAGCGUCGUCCAGUGUUGGUGGCCGGAUCCGGGACGUCCCUGCAGACUUUACCGGAGACGGCUUCCGGCUCGACCUCGGCGCGGCGUUCGCGUUCAAUGGCAUCGACGGGUUGCGACAGGUUCUUGACCUGAACGAAGAUGAGGAUUUUGACACCCCGGUGUCCCUCUUCGACCCUGACAACACGCGUUCGUGCGACAUCAGCAGCGGCGGCAGCGUGACGUGCGAGACGCUCGAUGGGUCGGGAAUUGUCGAGGAUGUGUUUGUCAACGGAACCUACUUUGGCUACCUCUCCAGGUACGUCAUCCCGUAUGUGAACAGCAAGAUCGAGCUGGACACCCGCGUGACCACGGUGAACUACAGCGAUGGUGACUGGGUCACGGUCUGUACCUCGAGCGGGCAGACCUAUCAAGCCAAGUCCGUCGUCAUGGCCGUGCCACUCGCCGUGCUCCAAGACGGGGCCAUUGCCUUUGAGCCGCCCCUUCCACCAAGCUACCGGAAUGCGAUAGAUUCGAGGCCAAACGUGGGCGGCCUUCGCUUCUGGGUCGAGUUCAGUGAGCGGUUCUACGCGGAGAACUUGCAGAUCUUCCGAGAGGACAGCUUUGCGACGUACUACUUCGACGCGACGUUUGGCGAACCCGCCGCAAGCGGCCGGCAUAUUGUAACCAACCUGGGCAUCGGACAGAACGGUCUUGCUGCUUUAUCUGACGACGAGGUUAUCGAACGGGUCCUUGACGACCUUGAUCGAGUGUACAACGGAGAUGCCCGGCGGACGUACGUGCAGCAUCGUGUCCAGAACUGGUCGGCCGAACCGUCGCGAGGAGUCUUCUCGGACGAUUCGCCCGGCGUCGAGCCGCACUAUGACGUCUAUGCAGAGCCAAUAGACGGCAGGCUCUACAUCGCCGGCGAGUUCGCCAUCGAGGGCCGGGCCUUUUUCGAAUCCGGCAGGAACACAGCUGAGAAGAUCAUCGAGGCCAAGCCACGCUCGGAGGCUCAGUGCCGUGCGGCGGCGCAGAUCCUGGCGGCAUUAGGCUGCGGAAGGUGCGCAGUGGAAUGGGACGGUACGGAGAGGGACAGUGGCGCGCCAAGCGGCUGCUACGCAUGGGACGGAGAGCUCCUCUAUUGGAACACACACGGCAGAGGCGGCUCCAACCGCGACUCGCAGCCGGUAUGCGUGAGCGACGACGCCGGCUUCCUUGCAGGCAAUACGCUCUUCCUCGGCGACAGCGACAUUCAGCUCUGGCAGACCCACGAGCGCUUCGACGUCUCGUACAACGUGGGCGUUGGCGGCUAUACGUGCAAGGAUGUGCUCAAUGAUGGGCUCGAUGCGCUCCUCAGGGAGUUUGCGCCAGCGGUCGCCGUGCUCGUCUGCGGUGAGAACGACCUCGCAGACGGCACCGGAGUCACUAACACAUUCAAACGCUUCCGCGACGUGGUGAAUGCGAUGCGCGCUCGCGGCACGAGGGUCGUGUACAUGGGCACAAAGCCAGAGCCCGACACCACCAACCUCCACUCCAAGUACCGGAGGUAUGACGCACAGAUCCGGGAUUUCGCGACGUCGCUCGCGGCGGGCCAAGGACUGGCGCCGUUGGCAAUGGUGGACGUGUAUGCCAGCUUUGAGUCACUUGGCAAUCCGACCUCACUCUACGACUCGGACGGAUUGCAUCUGAGCAGUGAUGGCUACGCAUACUGGACGGCCUGGGCUACCGCGGCGAUCGCCGAGGAAGCUUGCAUCGAGUGGCGAAGUGGCGUAUGCGUGUCCUCGAUCUCGCCCUCCCCGUCGCCGAGCCCGUCGCCCUCACCGAGCCCGUCGCGCCGCAAGGUCGAGUGCGGCCGGGCCGGGCGCUGCUCGGAGGACGCGGGGUGGGCAGACCCGAGCGAGAAGCACGAGGUGCGCUGCUGCUCCGACACGAACCUGGGCGGCGGGUGGCGCCAGAACGGCGGCUGCGACGUGUGGGCCGAGUCGAACGGGCCAGAGAUGGGCGACUGCCACGAGCGCAAGACCUUCGUCGAGGCCGCGGCCAUCUGCAGCGACGCCGGCGCCCGGCUCUGCACCGCCGCAGAGCUGCGCGCCGACUGCACCCGCGGCACGGGCUGCGGCCACGACGCUCAGUUGGUCUGGUCGAGCGAUGCACAGGCGUCGCCGUCGCCAUCCCCAGCGCCAUCCCCAGCGCCGUCCCCGAGCCCGGUGCCGUCGCCCGGGCCCGCGCCGCCGUAUCCGACCGAGCCGUGCGCGGGCAGCGCCAACUGCGCCGCCCCCGACGGGCCGAGCCAGCAGUGCGAAGACGACGCCGGCCCUCCGUGGGAGGACGACCCCACGAGCCGCCGCUACCACGACGGCACGCCGGCGACGCCCGUGCUGGCCGACGGCGCCUGCCCCGAUCCGCUCGCCGCGUCGUGCGCCGCCAAGGGCGUCAAGGCGGCGCACCUCGACGGGCCGAUCGACUGCGGCGGCGGCGGCUGGUUCUGCCGCAUCCUGCCCCAGGCAGGGUGGGUGCCCGAGGGCGGCUUCCGCGACUCCAACUUUGCGCACUGCUCCACCCCCGACGCGGACGAGCUCGACACGGACGGCCACUGCCACGGCUCGGACACGGAGGACACGUACGGCUGGUGGGUCCGCGACCACUGGCAUCGGGGCUACGCCGGCACGCUGCACUGCUGCUGCGGCUGGGGCCCGGAGGCGCUCGGCGGGGUGGUCAACCGGUGCGACUACCGCCGCUCGAUCGAGCCGUCGCAGCUCGACUCGUGCCGCGACGCCAACGAGGACCAUCCGCCCGGCUCGCCGCUCUUCGACUUUGACGCGGGCGGCUCGUGCGAGGCGUACCCGCUCAAGCCCGACCCGGUCGACGCGACCCCGGGCCAGUGCUGGACGGUGACGCACUUUGCCGAUCCCGAGUCCGUGCCGAACCCGUCCGACCCGACGUGGAAUCAACCAGAGCAAGGCAUGAUCUCUCAGCAACGGCGCUACUCAGUAUCUGUGCCAGCAAGCGGGUCUGAGGCGCGCCUGCCACUGAUCAUCGCGUUGCAUGGCGCCGGCGGGGAUGGGACCUCCAUGCUGGGUGAGGCGCUGGACGGCCCUCUCGCGCCAUUCCGGCAGAGCCACAUCGUGGUUGCUCCGACUGGCUACGACAGGGGGUGGAACAUCUACUCCGAGGGCACCAAGGCGCCCGACGUCGACUUUAUCGCGCAGCUCGUCGACGUGCUGGCCUCGUUCAGGAACGUUCGCCCCUCCGGCAUCGUGCUCUACGGCUGCUCCAACGGCGCCGCCCUGAUUCAUCGCCUGAUGAUCGAGCUCGACGAUGACCGCAUCACCGCCGCCGUUGCCGACGGAGCGCAGCUCACUCGCAAGCAGUUCCACGACGACUCCUUCUACGUCGGCGGCGUAGACAAUGAGUACGAGCUCGCGACGACGCUUCCGCAACUCGGCUCACGCGAGGUUCUGUUCACCCACGGCACCGCGGACGGCGUGAUCCCAUACGACGGCGGAUACGUGGACUUCCUGGACGUGACCUUCCACUCUGUGCAGGCGGCCGCGCAGGCUUACGCCUCCAAGAUUGCGAUUGCAGCGGGCUCGAGCACCACCACCAGCGGCAGCUACGAGACGACGAGCUACGCUGACGGCAAGGUGCAGGUCGUUGCAAAGGAGCGUGGCGGCCACUGCAUCCUCUUUGAGCAGAGGGGCGAGCCGCUACGUGCCGCCUUCGCCGGCAUCGUGGAACGGGCGAGCGAAGCGCCGCCGCCUGUUCAGACGCACCGCAUCAGCUGGGGAUUCGACAUCUCCCAGGCCAAUGUCACAAUCCGACCCGGCGAUACAGUCACUUGGAUGUUCGAUCAGGCCGAUAUCCCGCACGACGUGGUCAGUGGCCUCCGUGACGCCGCGGACGCUGGCAGUCUAUUCAAGUCGGAGCGGCAGUCAACCGGCGAGUUCAGCUACACCUUUGCCAACACGGGUGUCUUCCCAUAUCACUGUACGCCACACUUCUCGAUGCGUGGUGCGAUCACCGUCGAGUGCGGCCGGGCCGGGCGCUGCUCGGAGGACGCGGGGUGGGCAGACCCGAGCGAGAAGCACGAGGUGCGCUGCUGCUCCGACACGAACCUGGGCGGCGGGUGGCGCCAGAACGGCGGCUGCGACGUGUGGGCCGAGUCGAACGGGCCAGAGAUGGGCGACUGCCACGAGCGCAAGACCUUCGUCGAGGCCGCGGCCAUCUGCAGCGACGCCGGCGCCCGGCUCUGCACCGCCGCAGAGCUGCGCGCCGACUGCACCCGCGGCACGGGCUGCGGCCACGACGCUCAGUUGGUCUGGUCGAGCGAUGCACAGGCGUCGCCGUCGCCAUCCCCAGCGCCAUCCCCAGCGCCGUCCCCGAGCCCGGUGCCGUCGCCCGGGCCCGCGCCGCCGUAUCCGACCGAGCCGUGCGCGGGCAGCGCCAACUGCGCCGCCCCCGACGGGCCGAGCCAGCAGUGCGAAGACGACGCCGGCCCUCCGUGGGAGGACGACCCCACGAGCCGCCGCUACCACGACGGCACGCCGGCGACGCCCGUGCUGGCCGACGGCGCCUGCCCCGAUCCGCUCGCCGCGUCGUGCGCCGCCAAGGGCGUCAAGGCGGCGCACCUCGACGGGCCGAUCGACUGCGGCGGCGGCGGCUGGUUCUGCCGCAUCCUGCCCCAGGCAGGGUGGGUGCCCGAGGGCGGCUUCCGCGACUCCAACUUUGCGCACUGCUCCACCCCCGACGCGGACGAGCUCGACACGGACGGCCACUGCCACGGCUCGGACACGGAGGACACGUACGGCUGGUGGGUCCGCGACCACUGGCAUCGGGGCUACGCCGGCACGCUGCACUGCUGCUGCGGCUGGGGCCCGGAGGCGCUCGGCGGGGUGGUCAACCGGUGCGACUACCGCCGCUCGAUCGAGCCGUCGCAGCUCGACUCGUGCCGCGACGCCAACGAGGACCAUCCGCCCGGCUCGCCGCUCUUCGACUUUGACGCGGGCGGCUCGUGCGAGGCGUACCCGCUCAAGCCCGACCCGGUCGACGCGACCCCGGGCCAGUGCUGGACGGUGACGCACUUUGCCGAUCCCGAGUCCGUGCCGAACCCGUCCGACCCGGCGCCAAGCCCCAGCCUGCCCGCGCCCGCGCCGAGCCCGUCGGUGGGGCGCACGCUCGAGUGCGGCAGGCGUGGCAGGUGCGGCAGCGGCGCCGGCCAGUGCUCGGCUGCCGAUACCUUGCACGAGGUGCGCUGCUGCUCCGACUCGCCCAUCAACGGCUGGACAAAGCGUGGGGACAGCUGUCCGUGGGCGGAGUCGGACCGCGGCAUGGAUGGCUGCCACCAUGACAAGCCUCUGCUCGAGGCCGAGGCCAUCUGCAGCGACGCCGGCGCCCGGCUCUGCACCGCCGCCGAGCUGCGCGCCGACUGCACCCGCGGCACGGGCUGCGGUCACGACGUCGAUCUGAUCUGGUCGAGCGACGCGUGCGAUCCUGACGACGACCGGCGCCAGCUCUCGAGCUCUUCUCAGCGGCGACUGAGCUCGUUCGCUCCCCUCGCAGCGGACGGCGGGUCGGCGCACAGCUCCGCGCAGCGCGAGAGCGCCGCGGUUCCUUCUCCGCUCCUUGCGGUGGGCGCAGUCCUGGCGCUGGCCGCCAUCGCGUGGACCGUUGCUCGGCCCGAGCGCGACUCCACCACGGUCACAGCGGAGCCGACGGCGCCUGGCUCCGGCGACUCAGCGAUGGCGGGAUUUUAA